AGACUAUCUGUACGUCUUAUCACAAUGUUUGCACCUUACUGCAACAUAGUUCUUCUAACGAAGAUAAUGAAGAAGAAAUCCGAACAUACAUUACCGUAGCCUUUAAUUUUAAAAUUGCAGAAAUGAUAGGGUUCGUCUAUCAGCACUGGGAUUUGAGCGUGUUUUUCAUCGACUGGGAACAACAGAGGACGAUACACGAUCAACCGAAGUACGACUCUCCGCGUACUUCUUUACAGAAAUUGUAUUCCAACAGAUUUCCAAAGGGUAAGGGUAAAUCUUCGAGAAUAACAUCGGACAUCAUCGCGUCCAAGCGAAGAAGAAGAUUGCAUAGGACGAACAAGAACACGAGUCCCAAUGAAAUAUCCAAGUCUUCUUCGAUUGAAAAAUACACGCCGGAUUUUUCUUCCAUUUGUUCGAUCGUGCCUUUGCAGGAGACAACCGAACGCAGUUAUGUACAUGAUUUUCCAAUCAGCGUUUGGAGAACCUACUUCAUCGCGAACGAAUGGUGCAAAUUGCAAACCAGAAGAAGGAUAAAUGUAGCAUUGCAAUCGAUUUACACUCUGUGUUUCCUGCAGGUAUUCGAUUUGGAAUCGUGGAUGUUAGCGAUACCGGAAUCGAUUAUCUCGAAUACAUCAUCCGAAACGGAGGACAAUUUUACGCUGCAAUUCGCGAUUUGCACCUUCAUGUACAUAUUUAUAUAUCUCUCACAAUGGUUGAUUCGCUUUACGUUUUACGAGAGAUACAUUAGAAACAGACUGCAGAAGUUCGUAGAUCUAUGCUCGAUCGCGAACAUCUGUGUGUUCAUAUUGGCACAUAAUUAUUAUGGCUUUUAUAUCCAUGGAAGAUCAGUACAUAGAUUUGCGGAUAAUGAUCUUCGUACCUUGAUAAACGAUUUAAGAAAAGAAGAAGACGAUUUAUGUGCGCACAGAGGCCUGGUACCCGGCACAACCGACCAGACUUUUAUAUUAUCGUUGACCUACUCGUUUAAAUCGUUAUAUGAUGAACUCAUGAGGCAAAAGAAUAAUGGAAGCAUGGAAAUUUUAAAAGCAAGCGACACACUUUCUAGAAAUUGGAAACAAUCAUCUGAAACCAGGUAAAAAAUUAGGCUCUUUCUAACGCAAUUUCUGGAUCAUUGUUUGGAAAAUGAAGAUUAUAUAAUCAAAGAGCAGCACAUAUUAGAAAAAUUAUGGGACGUUCUUUUUGUAGAUGCCAAAGACAAAUCUGUUUUUUAUACUGAUAAUUAUUCCUUCAACAAAGCUGUGUUUCAUGGAAACGAAUGGUUAUUAGCGACAUUUGAAAUCACUGUGUUUGCCUUCUUUUUGGCAUUGUAUAAUUUUUACAUUUUCGCUUGUACAGCGACGGUUAUCAUAUCUCAACACGUUAUAGUAGAGGUUAAUUUUUGUCUACCUAAGAUUAAAUAUAUGUCCAAAGAAAUUGGCCCUAAAUUAAAAUUAUGA